CUGUGUUUUCAGCAAUAAUAUGCGGGACUUUGACAAACCAAGACCUGCCUGUGAUCAAGUGUGUUUUAAUCAGUCAUAAGAAGAAUGAGUCAUCAGAGGGGACGUCAUCAUCCCAUCCCAUGGUGUCAAGAUCAACAGAAGACCUUGGGUGCUCCCCGAGGCCCCAGAGCGCAGAGCCCAUCUAUGAAGCAGCCACGGUAGAAGUCGACGAUUCUGCCUCCAUCACACUGCAAGUGAUGGUCAGCAUCCCGGGGAACAUUUCGUGUCUGUGGAUAUUCAAGCACAGCUCCCUAAACUGCCAGCCAAACUUUGAUUUACAGAACAGGGGAGUUGUGUCCAUGGUCAUUUUGAAAAUGACCGAAACCCAAGCUGGAGAAUACCUGCUUUUUAUUCAGAGUGAAGCGACCAAUUACACAAUCUUGUUUACAGUGAGUAUAAGAAAUACACUGCUUUACACGUUAAGAAGACCCUACUUCAGAAAGAUGGACAGUGAGGAUGCACUACUCUGUGUCUCUGACAGCGUUCCGGAGCCUGUGGUGGAAUGGGUAUUUUGUGAUUCACAGAGUGAAAGCUGUAAAGAAGAAAGUCCAGCUGUUGUUAAGAAGGAAGACAAGGUGCUCCGUGAGUUAUUUGGAACAGACAUAAAAUGCUGUGCAAAGAAUGAGUUAGGCAGGGCGUGUACCCAGCUGUUCACUGUAGAUCUCAAUACGACUCCCCAGACAACAUUGCCACAAUUAUUUCUCAAAGUAGGGGAGCCACUGUGGAUAAGAUGCAAAGCCGUGCACGUCAACCAUAGAUUCGAGCUGAAGUGGGAAUUAGGAAACAAAACGCUAACGGAGGACAGCUACUUUGAGAUGAGUACCUAUUCCACAAACAGAACUAUGAUACGGAUUCUGUUUGCUUUUGUAUCGUCAGUGGGAAGAAACGACACCGGGUCCUACACUUGUUCCUCUUCAGAGCAUCCGAGUAAAUCAACUCUGGUUACCAUCGUAGACAAGGGGUUCAUAAAUGGCUCCAAGUCGAGUGAAGAUUAUGUCAUCGACCAGUAUGAAGAGUUCUGUUUUUCUGUUCGUGUAAAAGCAUACCCACAGAUCAAGUGUACUUGGAUCUUUUCUCAGAAAUCCUUUCCGUGUGAACAGCGUGGCCUCCAGGAUGGAUACAGCGUAUCUCAGUUUUGCAACCACAGACACCAACCAGGAGAAUACAUAUUCCAUGCAGAAAACGGUGAUGCCCAGUUCACAAAAAUGUUUACGCUGAACAUAAGGAGGAAACCCCAAGUGCUGGCAGAGGCCUCAGUGAGUCAGGCUUCCUGUUCGUCUGACGGAUACCCAUUGCCAACCUGGACCUGGACGAAGUGCUCAGACCAGUCUCUCAACUGCACGGAAGAAAUCACAGAAGGCGUUUGGAAUAGAAAGGCUCACCGAAAAGUGUUUGGACAGUGGAUAUCAAGUAGUACCCUCAACAUCAGCGAGGCAGUGAAGGGUUUCCUGGUGCAAUGCUGUGCAUAUAACUCCAUGGGCUCCUCCUGUGAGACUGUCCUCUUAAACUCGUCAGACCCCUUCCUGUUCAUCCAAGACAACAUCUCAUUCUACGCAACCAUUGGAUUUUGUCUUCUCUUCAUCGCGGUUUUAACCAUGCUCCUUUAUCACAAGUACAAGAAGCAAUUUAGGUACGAAAGCCAGCUGCAGAUGGUUCAGGUGACCGGCUCGCUGGAUAACGAGUACUUCUACGUCGAUUUCAGAGACUUUGAGUAUGAUCUCAAAUGGGAGUUUCCAAGAGAAAAUCUUGAGUUUGGGAAAGUGCUGGGAUCAGGUGCCUUCGGGAAAGUGAUGAAUGCCACCGCCUAUGGAAUUAGUAAAACAGGAGUCUCGAUCCAGGUUGCUGUUAAGAUGCUGAAAGAAAAGGCCGACAGCGCCGAGAAGGAGGCUCUCAUGUCCGAACUCAAGAUGAUGACCUACCUCGGGAGCCACGAGAACAUUGUGAAUCUGUUGGGGGCGUGUACACUGUCAGGACCAAUCUUCUUGAUCUUUGAAUACUGCUGCUAUGGCGAUCUUCUCAACUACCUAAGAAACAAAAGAGAAAAAUUCCACAGGACGUGGACGGAGAUUUUUAAGGAACACAAUUUCAGUUUUUACCCCACUUUCCAGUCACCUCCAAAUCACAGUAUGCCUGAUUCGAGAGACGUGCACAUACAACAGGAUUUGGAUCAGAUCUCAGGGUUCAAUGGGAAUUCGUUUCAUUCUGAAGAUGAAAUUGAGUAUGAAAACCAAAAACGACUGGAUGAGGAAGAGGACUUCAAUGUACUGACAUUUGAGGAUCUCCUUUGCUUUGCAUAUCAAGUUGCCAAAGGAAUGGAAUUUCUGGAGUUUAAGUCGUGUGUUCACAGAGACCUGGCAGCCAGGAAUGUGCUGGUGACCCACGGAAAAGUGGUGAAAAUAUGUGAUUUUGGCUUGGCUCGAGACAUCAUGAGUGACUCCAACUAUGUCGUCAGAGGGAACGCCCGUUUGCCUGUAAAAUGGAUGGCUCCUGAAAGCUUGUUUGAAGGGAUCUACACAAUUAAGAGUGAUGUCUGGUCGUACGGAAUAUUGCUCUGGGAAAUAUUCUCGCUCGGUGUGAACCCUUACCCUGGCAUUCCAGUGGAUGCAAACUUCUAUAAACUCAUUCAGAGUGGGUUUAAAAUGGAUCAGCCAUUUUAUGCUACGGAAGAAAUAUACUUUAUAAUGCAGUCCUGCUGGGCUUUUGACUCGAGGAAGCGGCCGUCCUUCCCUAACCUGACUUCGUGUCUAGGCUGUCAGCUGGCCGAGGCAGAAGAAGCGAUGUAUCAGAUGGUAGACGGCCGUUACUCGGAAGGCCCUUCCAGCUACCAAAACAGGCAACCUUACAACCAAGAGCUGAACUCAGAAGAACCCCCUCCAGAGGCUCAAGUUGAAGAUUCAUAG